CGCCCCGCUCCGCCGCCGGGGGCGUGGCCAGGCCGUCAUGAAUAUGCAUGAACAGCGGCGGUGGAGGCCCCGGUGAGUCACGGGAGAGGCGGCGGCGGCAGCGUGAGACCCGCGGGGACAGUAACCCCUCCUCCCCGCCCGCUCUGCGCCCCCCACGUGUGUCCCCGGCCCGCCCCCGACCAUGAGGCUGCUGUGGGGAAGGGGCUGACCCCGUGCUGAGCCCCCCACUUCCCUGCGUCACCAUGGCCUCCCAGCCGCAGCCCCUGCCCCCCGCCGUGCCCUGUGCCUCCCCUGCCGGCACCGCGGGGGCCGGGCUGGCCGGCAGCCCCGAUAAAGGCAGCGCACGCCCCAAGCCCCCGGUGCGGCCCAAGCCCCGCGUGCUGCCCAAGCCGGCCGUGCCCGCCAAGCCCCCGGUGCCGCCCCCCACGCCGGGCCCGCGGCACCCCCGGCCCGAGCUGCCCUCGGCCGAGAAGAUGAACCGCCUGGCCGGGCCCCAGCCCUACAGCGGGGCCGGCGCGGGGGGGCCCCUCCGGCGCCCCUCCUUCACUGUCAGAUCACCCGAGACCCCCAACGGGAAGGGGCCCUCGUCGCCCUCGGUCACGGGCACCGAGGAGGAGGUGCCGCCGGCCCCGCCAACCCCCUCGCGCAAGGGCCCGGCGCCCUUCAAGGUGACGCCGGUGCCGGUGGCCGCCAGGCCGGAGCGGUUCCCGGGCACCACCGUGGAGGAGAUCCUGGCCAAAAUGGACAGCAGGGAGGGCCCGGGCAGCCCGGACCGGGCCUGGCUCUCGCCCUUCUGCACCGACCCCUCCUCCCGCUUCGGCUCCAAGACCUUUGUUGCGUUCCGGAAGCGUCCCAGCGGGGAGGCAGACGGAGACCCUGCCGCCGAAACCCCGCAGAUGCCCCGACCAGCGGCAGGCGAGCUGGGAAUGGGGGAUGAUGGACACCCUGUGGCUGAGAUGAGCAGCUCCCCCCCAGCCGGGCCGAGCUGUGCCGGGGACCCCUGUGGACGCCGGAGGCUGCCGUCCCCUCCUGACCUUUCCACUCUACAGCUGGGUGCCCUCGGACCUCCAGGCUCCCCAAGGCCUCCCACCUGCCCAGCCCCAGCCCCAGGAGCUCCUUUUCAGCCUGCUGAGCCCUCUGCCCCAGCCCCUGGCUCCCCUGAUGCCCCCCCUGAGCUCCUGGCCCCUGACUCCCCCACACUGCCCCCUGGAUCCCCUGAAUCCCCCACUCGGCCUCCAGUCGAGGUCCCUGUCACCUCCAUCCAGGCCCCGGGCGCUCCCUCGGCCACCGAUCCCCAGCUCGGCGUCUCUCGUUCCCCUGGCUCCCCACACACUCCAGGGGAGGGAUCCCCUGGCACUGCCAGCCCCCCUGGCACUCCUGAACUGCCCCCACGAGUCACCUGCCCCCCUGGCUCUCCCGAGGCUGCUGCUGAGUACCUGGGCCCCCCCAGCCCACCCCUUGCCAAAGCCUCUCGUCCCCCAGGCUCCCCAGAGGGACCUGAUGACUCCGCAGUGUCCCCACAGUUCCAUGAGGGUCCCGAUUUCAACCCCCCUCCCCGGGAUGUGGGGCUCCGGCGCUCCUCAGAGGGAGUGCUGCGGCCCCCGCCCACGGGGCAGGGCCUGGGGGAGCUGGGGGGCUCACUGAGUGCCCUGCCCCGGGCUGGAGACCUCCUGUCAGAGCCCUCCCUGGGCAGCGAGUCGGGCUGGAGCCUUUCCCAGUCCUUUGAGUGGACGUUCCCAUCGCGGGGGGCACGCUUGCCAGCCUUCCCUCCCCGCUCCCCCAUCCGGGAGACGCCCGACUCAGGGCUCUCCGAAGAGGGGGAGUCAGAUGGGGAGGCUGCAGCCCCCAGCCCUCCAAAGGACAGCAGGGCUGAAGGACCUGGCAGCCAGCAGGCAGAGGGGGCUCCAUGCCCAGGGGGUCCCGUGGCACAGCGAGAGGCUGAGCACUCAGCAGAGGAGGAGGAAAGGGAGGCAGAGCAGGAUGCUCCCAUGUCCCACUCCCCACUUCAUGUGACAGAGCCUAGCCAGCAGCCAGCUGAGCCUGAGUCCCCCACCCAGCCCAGCCUUACCAUAACUGCCCCCCUGGAUCCAGCCCCACCAGAUCCAGCUGCUCCAGCUGGCCCAGCCUGGGCAGGUGAUGGCCCCAAGAGCCUGCAGGGUCCUGGGGGCCCAGGCCAGGCUGAAAAACCCUCGCAGGAGCCUGACCCCCAUGCUGACCCAGGCUGGCUGACAGAACUAUUGGAGUCACCUGGGGUCCACAGCUCUCCAGAGAACCUGCUGGGCUGGUCACGGAAGGACCUUUGCAGUGAGUUCGGCAUUGGCCACCCUCGCCAGGACAGCACCUUUGACUGGAGCCACCCAGGUGCAUCCAGGGAGAGAGACUGGCCUGUUGAGACCAAGCAGGACCAGGAAUUUGGGACCAAAUCCAGCUGGGACAGCAACCACAGCAACAAGGACAGCACUGCCCGUGAGAGCUGGAGCGGUGACUACAGAGCAGCGGAGCUGAUGGGGGACACGAAACUGGGCUGCAGCGACUGGUCCCGGUCCCUUAGCACUGCGAAGAGCUGCCCACAGGAUCCAGACUUCAGUGCCAGCACAGCUGAGUGGGGCCAGGGCUAUGGCAGCACGGAGGAGCUUGGCUCCAGACAGGCCAACUGGGGCAGUGGCCUUGGCACGGGACACGUCCGGCAGCUGGACAAGGAGCCACGCUCCGGGCAGCCCACCUGGGCAGACAGGUACAGCGACAGGGACACAGAGAUGAAGGACAGGGAGCUCACCCCAGACUGGGCCAGUAAAUACAGCAGCCAGGAUGCUGGGAACAAGGAGGAGAAUUUAACACUGGGCUGGGCUGGCAGAUCCAGCACUGGAGACAGCCCAGAUAAGGAGCUCAGCCCCAGCCGGCCAGCCUGGGAUAGGAGGUAUAACCCCAGGGACAUGGAGAGCCAGGACAGGGAGUUCAGCCCCAGCCGGCCGGCCUGGACUGGUGAAAUCAGGGACAUGGAAAGCCAGGACAGGGAGUUCAGCCCCAGCAGACCAGCCUGGACUUGUGAAUACAGGGAAACAAAAAGCCCGGACCAGGAGUUCAGCCCCAGCAGACCAGCCUGGGAUGACAGAUCCAGCAGCAGGGACAUGGAGAGCCAGGACCAAGAGUUCAGCCCCAGCAGACCAGCCUGGGAUGACAGAUCCAGCACCAAGGAGAUGGAGAGACAGGACCAGGAGUUCAGUCCCAGCAGACCAGCUUGGGAUGACAGAUCCAGCAGCAGGGACAUGGAGAGCCAGGACCAAGAGUUCAGCCCCAGCAGACCAGCCUGGGAUGACAGAUCCAGCACCAAGGAGAUGGAGAGCCAGGACCAGGAGUUCAGUCCUAAUAGACCAGCCUGGGAUGACAGAUCCAGCAGCAGGGACAUGGAGAGCCGGGGCCAGGAGUUCAGUCCCAGCAGGCUGGCUGAAGCCAGUGAAUGCAGUACCAGGGACUUGGAAACCCAUGAUGAGUUCAGUCCCAGCGGAGCAGCCUGGGGUGACAGAUCCAGCAGCAAGGACAUGGAGACCCAGGACAGUGAAUUCACAUCCAGCAGAGCAGCCAGGGAUGGCAGGCACAGCGCUGGGGACAUGGAGACCCAGAAUGGGGAGUUCAGCCCCAGCAGAAGUGUCUGGGAUGACAGAUCCAGCACCAGGGAUAUGGAGGCGCAGGACAGAGAGUUGAGCCCCAGUGGAGCAGCCCAGGAUGGGCAGCACAGCUCUGUGACCCCCGGGGAGGAAGAGCAGGAGCAGAUCCCAGCCCGGCUGAGCUGGCCCACUGAGGGCAGCAUCGGACAGAGCGGGCUGGGCAGGGUUGGUGAGCAGGACAUGCCCAGCUCCCACCACCCCGAGCCCCUGGCCCAGGAGCCCACCUGGGGCAGUGCCCACCAGCAGGAGUGUCGCAGCUCUGGCAGCAGGGACUGGGCUGGGGAGCUUGGAGCAGCUGAGUGCCAGAGCCAGUUUGGUGUCAUUGGCACAGAGCGGGUGCCAGAUCCCUGCAGUGCCGGAGCCUCGGAUGGCUCCAUGUCCGGGGUCCUGCCGCAGCCCCGGGCAGGCUUGCACAGGGAUCUCUCUCUGGACAUGGGCAAUGCCCGCUGGAGCCAGGACCUGGACAGCUGGAGUGUGGAGCCACAGGAUGCUGAGGCCAGGCGCCAGGAGUGGGCGAGUGCCUUCAGCGCCCGCUGUGCCGCCCGCAGCCGAGACCUUGGUGCAGGGGAGCGGAGCGUGGGAGGGGACACCGGCGCAGAGCACGGCAGGUCGGCCCCCAGCCCUUCGAUGGGUGACGUUCCAGCUGAUUGCUUGGCUGUGGAGCCCCCCCGGAGUGAGUCACCCAGCCACUCGGAGGAGGAGAGGCAUCCCUCUGAACCAGCCACUGCCCCACAGAGCCCCAUGGUCCCCCCUCUGCUGCCAGAGGCUGUCGGUGGGAUCCCAAUGUACGCAGGAAGUGAGGAACAGCCCUCGGACCACCCAGACGGGGAGAGCUCCUUGAGCUGGAGGGAGCAGCGGCUCUCACUGACUACCCCCCAGCCUGAGGAGUCCAUGGAGCAGGGGCAGGAAUUUCCUCUUCUGGAGGACACGGAGCUCCUGGACAGCAGCGUGUUCCGCUGCAAGGCCAGCCUGGGCCGCAAGCGCCCGCACCGGGCGCCGUCCCUACGCCCCACCACCAGCGAGGGGGAGAGCUGGAUCUUCCGGGACUCCACAGAGCCCCGGCCAGCCCCAGCAGUGUCCUCCGACGAGGAGGCAGCGGAGGAGCCCCGGAGCCGGCGGAUGCGCGGCUCAUCCUCGGGUAGGGGGGUGAAGGUGCCGCUCUUUCCUGGCCUCAGUGCCUCUGCCAUCAAGGCCAAACUGAGGGGUCGCAACCGCUCGGCCGAGGAGGGGACAUCAUCAGGGGACAGCAAGGGGACCCCUCCUAAAGACCCCCAUGUGCAGCGCUCCAAGUCCUGCAAGAUCCCUGGUGUGAGUGGGAAACCCCCAGCCCUGCCCCCCAAGCCAGAGAAAUCCUCAGGAUCCGAGGCCUCUCCCCCCCACUGGCUGCAGGCCCUGAAGCUGAAAAGGAAGAAGCCUUGAGCAGGGCUCACUCCGACGCUGAAGCCGCUGUCCCUGGACCAGGGCUGUUCCCUCCCGUGGGAGCACACACACACACACACACACACACACACACACCUAUGCACUUUGUACGAGCUUGCAGGGUCCCUGUCUUCCCAGCACCUGCUCCCCAACCCCCCAUUGUACCCCAUCCCCUUGGUCCCCCUGGGCCUGGGGGUGGUCACAAGCCCCACCUGCCCCUCCGCCCUGCUCGUGUAUGGCCCCGGACACAGGGCAACGGGUCCAGCUCGUGGUGCCACUGCCACAGACAAUAAAACCUUGCUGGUCA